UCGUUGCAAUCGUCUAUCCAUGAGCCAUCUGGACGGGAUGGAGUUUGGGGCUACGCACACGGACCUAUUCCAAAUAACAAUCCUGAUUGGAAACUAAAAUUGACGACCCAACAUCGAUAUAUAAGCAAGAAACGACUCAUAGUUGCUCUUGCUUCUAAUAGGUCACAAGCCCCGAUGGUUACCCCAAUUAGAAUAGUUGUGAUAUCUUGGUCCAAGAGACUCAACUGUGAGGAGCGAGCUUCAACGAGCCGCGCACCUUAUCCGAUCAUGUUCGUGACCACCAUAUUGGUGCCGUGUAUAGUUAACCCGCGAAAGCUCGGUCCCGUGGGCAUCGAGGAAGAAAUUGCUCGAAGUAACGCGAUAAAGCGUUGGGUUUUGAUGGGAGGCUGGCGUGAUGCCCUCUAUUUGAAAGAACCCAAGAGGCACACUAUUUCUGCCACUCUAAUCGUCUACUAUUGUGAUGCAUUAGAGGAAAUUGCGCGCACCGAUGCCCAGCUUGCUGCAGAGUAUGGAACUCAAUUUCACCGAUCCGGGUACCAAUAUUCAUCUACUACAUUAGAAUACUAUGUUGACAUUAUUAAGCGCAUGACCAAUCUUCCUGGCAAUCGACUGAUGCCCUUGGUUGCGCCAUCAACACCCGGUAGCGAUGACUCUGUGAAAUCCUCUAGAUGCGAACAGCCUACCCAGACCGAGCCCACAUCUGACAAUGACCCCGAUGUCAACCCCGAUUUUACAUCUGGAUCUGGGCCUGAUUGCAAUGUUGUGUCCAUUGAGUCCGAGCCCGGGGACCGGCAG